GUUCCUAACUUCCUCAUAAUAUCCAGUUUUCUGAUAUAUCAAGGGAUUUGUACUAACAAACGAUCCCACACCCUAUAUUUGUCAGCUGAUCUUGUGACACAAAUGAUGAAAGAAGGCAUAAUGCAGAACUCAGUUCAACCGUUGGAAAAUAAUGAUGAUAAAGAUAAAGAGGAUUGGGACAAUUCUGUUUAUUGGAAUUCCAAUGAAGCUGAAUAUGCAGAUAUUAAUGAGAAGUUAGAUCAAUUGCAUUCCGUUUUGGAUUGUCUUGAGAAAAAAAAUCGUAGCAUCCAGGCUGGGCUUAUAGAGUUGCUACAAUCAAAUCGUGAAGCUAGAAAGCAGUUUCAAGAAGCAUUAAAAAUAUAAACUACAAAAGAAAGAUGAAAUCUUUCAACAGUUUUCUAAUUAUAACGUAUUGACUAUGUAGUUGAAUAUAUAUCAGAUUACAUUUAUUAUGUUAAAAUUGAUAGAAAUGGAUAAAAAAAACUAUGUCAUUUAUGCUAUUAGCAUACUAAAUAAGCUUUUACAUUUAGUUGUAAUAAUUAUGUAAAAAUACAGCAAUCCAAU